AUAGCGGACAGUAAUGACGAGAGGACCGUGGUGUCGAUCCCAUUUAAAGGUAACGCUGGCUGGAUCCAUGUGAGUGACAGUGCUGCAUUGGCCAGUGAGAUGCAACGGCUGUAUGUUGGCGGGUUGAGCCACACGGUCACCCAAAAAGAUCUGAAGGAUCGAUUUGGAAAGUUUGGGGGUGUGGAGGAUGUCGAGCUCCGGACAAGAAGGGAUGAUGAGGGUAUUCCCUACAAAACAUUUGCUUAUGUCAACAUCAGUAUUUCUGACACAGAUCUGAAGAAGUGUAUGACGGUGUUGAACAAAUCCAAAUGGAAAGGAGGAACUUUGCAGAUUGAACCAGCAAAGGAGAGCUUUCUGCAUAGACUGGCUUUGGAGAGGGAGGCGGAGUUGCAGCUCCCCAAUCAGCCUGCAGCUGAACACCAUAGACAGAAAGUGUUGGAUUCACUCAGCAAAGCCGGUGUGGACAACUUCACCAUGAAGGCUGCUGUGCCGGGGACAGAAAUACCAGGACACAAGGACUGGGUGGUCAGUAAAUUCGGACGAGUCCUCCCCAUCAUGCAGCUCAAGUGUCGGAAGGGAAACAAAUCUCGAACCCUCAAGUAUGACCCGUCAAAGUACAGCCACAACAUCCGCAGGUUGGCCUCAUCCGACGCAGACCUCCCCACCCCUGUCGCGCAGCUCACCUGGGAGGUUGAUGGGGGAGACGAUGACAUCAGCAAGAAGAGGCGGGGUGAGUUCCCGCCGUACGAGCCGCCAAGACCCAAGAAGAGUCGGACAGAUGUGGUCACGGCUGUGAGCACAAGCAGACAAGCGCAGCCUGUCGUCUCUUUCACCAAAUCAGAGACUCAUCAGCUGACCAAUGGUUUCAAAGCUCCAAUCAACCACAGACAGCCGCAGAGGAGAGGUCCACGUUACGAGGACAGUGAUGUGGACUCCGAUGAGGAGAUACGCCGUCUGGUGGAGCUCCAGCAGCCUUCCCAUGAUGCAUUGUGGCACGACGGGCAGGAGGAUAACCUGGAAGUGGUCGGAUAUGAUUACUUAGACUUGCAGGAGCACAGAGACAGGUCAGUCAACGAGGAGGAGGAUUACGACUCUGCCGACACGGAUGAACUGUUCGCUUCAAGGAAACCUUAUCUUCCUGUAGAAGAGAAACUUCCUGAGCCAAACGCUGACAACGUUUCGGGAAGAGAGGCUGAAAGAAUGAAAAACGCGAAGACGAAGAGGACAUAUGGAGAGGAAGGGGAUACUUCUGGAAAAGCUCAGUGUGCACAGCAGAGGCAGCUAAUCUGCAGCUCUGUGAACCAUAUUAAGGAGGAUGAUGAGGACGAGAUAGACUCAGAUGAUUCUGAGUCGGAUUCAGACUAUGAGGCAAUGUUUUCCAAUGUCACCCAUCUGGAGAUCUCCAUGGCUGAUCUUCAGAGAUUAGCGGAGGAAUUCCAGGAGACCUCAGAGACUCCAACUCCAAGCAUCCCCACUGAAAAACUCACACCUGGACCAGCACAAGUACUUACCCCUAAGAAAGGCACCCUACCUGAAGACAUUCUAGCCUCGCUCCUGGGGGAGGACAGCAGUGGGGACGAACAGAAGCCAAAAAAGACGACGCUGCCCGCCUUUCAGGGGACGAGAACGCUGAAUGGGGGGUCCCAAACUGACAAUUGUCCCAGGACGAAGAAUACAAGAAUACAAGCUUCGGAUCUUAAACACGUGUCCGAGUCCAAAAGUGCUGAGUCGGACGACGAUACUGAAGUAGAACUGGACGAGAAUGACAAAGCUCUUCAUACUCCCAAAUUUUUACAAAGGGCUUCACCUUGUACACAUCCAGAGAAAACUGAUACUCGCUUCAACUUGAGUGAGGAUGAAGGUGAACAGGAAGGACGAAGGACAAUGGCCAGUCAGCCAAUUCAGACAUCUUCAUCCUUUCCUGAAGAUGCUACUUCACACAGUGAGGAGGAGGAGGAGGAAAAGGAAAUUUUGCGUCGUCUCCAGCUAAGCGCUCAUGAGGAAGAGGAGCGACAGAGGAAGGACAACUUGAGGAGGCUGUCUGCAGUCCAGCAAAGAAAAAAGGAAGCUGAAGAGCAGAAGAAGCUCAUCCAGGGGGCGCUAGCCAAUGUGGACGGUCUUCCUAAAAGAACAGGAAAACACAUCGUCUUUGACUCGGAUAGUGAUGAUGAUGAGCAGACAGUGGUUAUGGCCUCUAAAAAGUCACUUCUCCAGGACAGCCAAUCAGAGGUCAUGGCUUCAGGCGAUGAGGAGGCAGCAGCCAGUGACUGCGGCCCAAUCAAAAAUAAAGAGCAUCUGAAACAGUCGGGCCCUCGGCUGUUUAGCAGCAGUGAAGAUGAGGAGGAUGAGGAUGAAGAGAAGGAUGAGACCAGGUUCAACCUCAGGCCUCAGUUUGAAGGUCGAGCUGGACAGAAGCUGAUGGCGUUGCAGUCUCGCUUUGGGACAGACGAGCGUUUCCGGAUGGACUCUCGCUUCCUGGAAGAGGAGGUUGAGGAGAACAACAACAAGGAAGAACUAGAGGUGAAGACGAGCCUGGUCAAUGAUGAUGAGGCUCUGCAGGAGGAGAGGAAGAGAAACAUGUCCAUCCUGCACAACGUUCUCGGACAACAACCUACCACUGGCAAGACGACCAGUAAAGCCAAGACCUUCAGGGACGUGUCAGCGCUGCACUAUGACCCCAGCAAAGAGGAACACGCCACCUUCGAGGCCAAAGCAGACGAUACCAAGAAGGAAAGUAAGUCAGCCCGGAGAAAGAAGAAGGAAGAGGCUCAGAAGCUUCCAGAAGUUUCCAAGGAGAUCUACUAUGACGUGACCGGCGACCUGAAGGCCUUGUUUGGUCAGACGAAGCAUGACAAGGAGGCAGAGGAAGUGGAGACAAGCUGGGACCAAGUAAAGGAAGAUGAUGGUGCAGGAGAGGAUGAAGAGCAGCCCGCGCCCAUGACAUCUCUAUUCACUGAUGCCAGCGCAGGAAGGGAGCAGUCUUCCGGAUUCACCUUCUCCUUCUUUGGCAACGACUUAGAGACAGAAAGUGAACACACAGCUGAGUAUAAGGUGGAGAGCAUCCAGGCUGCAAAGGUGUCAUGGCAACAAGACCCCCGUUUACAAGACAGCAGCUCAGAGGGGGAGGAGGAGGAGGAGGAGAAAGAAGAAGAAGAAGAACAGGAGGAGAAAAGCACAUCUGCACCUAAAAACAAUCAAGAGGAAACACCUCCCAGGAUGGACCUGUUCUUCUUCCACCUCAAUGACAGCAGAUUGUUAGAGGGCCCCAGGUGGUUCUGUCGUUCCUCUCAGCUGGAGGAGGAGAGAGAGCAGUGGGAGGAGAGGAGGAUGGCGCUCAAAGAGGAGUACCGCAAGAAACACAAGGAUGCACGCAGGAAGCUCAAAUCCUCCCAAAAGAGUUAAGGAGGUUUUUCUUGUUUUUCAGUUUGAACAUAACUUCAGAAUCAUGUACGCACAGAUGAAUAAUGUGUGAUGAAAUUAGGUUUAUUAUUCUAAAUGCUAUUUCACGAUGAUCCUUCUGAGUGAGACAGCCACAGGGAACACACAACUUCUUUUUAGGGGUCCUGAAAUGAAAAAGAAAUAACAUAUUAUAUGUGUAAUAAUACAUGCAUUUUCUUUGGCUGUUGACUUAUCUUUUUAAGUUAUUUGUUAUUUGUGGUCCUCCAUUGGUCAUCAAAAUUUCAACUACAAUCUUCACUGUUAUUUUGUUUGUGCCACCAAACAUCAUAUUUGCUUCAGUGGCAGAGCCAUAAAUUUUCAUUAGAGUGGCAAUAACUUGGUACCUGAAAUGUCUAGACGGCCAGUGGGGUGGCUGGAGAUUGACCGGGGCGACCACCCCUGGCCACCACAUAGCUCCACCACUGCCUAGCUUAUAACAUCAUGUCAAUGAAAAUGAAGAUUUUAAUUUUAUUUCUGAUUAUAUUGAUGCAUCUUGUCAAUAUACUGUUUGAAUAAUAGGUUCACAAGCUUGAUCAUUUUCUUGUACUAUUGUCAGAUACACAAUGUGAAUAAACAUCAAUUUCUACGUAUGUACUGCUCUUGCCGUACUUCCUGGUGUUAUGCACAGCUCAAAAAAAUUAAGUAAACAGUGAGACAACACAAUGUAACUCCAAGUCAGUCACACUUCUGUGAAAUCAAACUGUCCACUUUGGAAGCAACAUAGACUGACAAUCAAUUUCAUAUGCUGUUGUGCAAAUGGAAUCGACAACAGGUUGACGGUAAGACACUCCCAAUAAAUA